AUGGCGCCAGUCGUUGAUAUGAGUGAUAAGCAUGCUUGGGACGACUCUCUCCUCAUCAGUUCCUGGGAUGACGCGCUCAACGAGUACAAGAAGUAUCACAGCAUCCACCAGUCUGGCAAGCGACUAGAAGACGUGCUCACGGAAGAGGAGGUCAAAGAACUGCGAGAGGGCUAUGGCGACCUGAUAGAGGAAACAGAGCCAACGUCAGGAGCAACAGAAACCAAUGGCAUUACGCCUAACGACGAUGCAGACAUGUCGAAUGCAGAGAUAAGCUGCGUUGCCCAGUCGGAAAAAACUUGCCUUGUGCAACAGGAACCAGGACAAUCCGAACAGCAAAACACCCACGAUACCCAAUCGCCAAGGGCUGAGGCUGCAUCGGCCCCAGGUGCUGCCGAGACUCUUGCAGAGGCCGUGCCCCAAGCGAUGCUCGGAACAGUUAAAGACGAAAACCUAAAAAACAUUAUGAUGUCGUGGUACUAUGCUGGUUACUACACUGGUUUGCAUGCGGGCCAGCAGCAGCAGGCGGCUCACGACUCUUCCGCCCAAGAAUAA